UGGUCAGCUGACAAACAGCGAGAGAGGGAACUGCGUGCUUCCCGACGGCAACCUCACCAGUACGUAGUCUCUUCGCCAUGGGGAAGAUCGGCAAGGAGACGGCAGGUCAGAUCAUCAGCUUCAUCGGGCUGGUGGGGGUGGCGGUGACCACUGGCAUCCCAAUGUGGAGGGUGACAUCAUUCAUCGGCGCCAACAUCGUGACGGGCCAAAUCAUUUGGGACGGCCUGUGGAUGAACUGCGUGAUGCAGAGCACCGGGCAGAUGCAGUGCAGGCUGAACGAAUCGGUAAUGAGACUGACGCCAGAUCUGCAGGCCGCCAGAGCCCUGGUCAUCAUCUCCCUCGUCUUUGGCUUCAUCGGCUUCAUGAUCACAUUCAUCGGCGCUGAAUGCACCAGCUGCCUGCAGAAGGUCAGGUCCAAGGCCACAGUGGUGAUCAUAGGCGGCUGCCUCCUCAUCCUUGCCGCAGUCCUGGUCCUGGUUCCUGUCACCUGGUCAGCCACCAUCACUAUCACCGACUUCCAAAACCCCCUGACCAUCAACACGCAGAGGAGGGAAAUCGGAGCCGCCAUCUACAUCGGCUGGGGCUCUGCAGCAAUCCUCCUGAUCGGCGGAAUCAUCCUCACCACCUCCUGCCCUCCUAAGCAACCCAUGUAUGGAUACUCUGGUCAGAUGCAGUGUAAGAUCUACGACUCUCUACUGGCUCUGCCUCAGGACCUGCAGGCCGCCAGGGCUCUGGUGGUCGUCGCCAUCAUCGUCGCCGCAGUAGGGAUCCUCCUGGGCAUCGCCGGGGGCAAGUGCACCAACUUUGUGAGCGACAGGACCGCCAAAUCCAAGGUGGCCGUCGCCGCCGGGGUCGUCUUCAUCUGCGCCGGUGUUCUGGUCCUCAUCCCCGUUUCCUGGUCGGCCAACACCAUCAUCAGGGAUUUCUACAACCCCAUUCUGACCAACGCUCAAAGGCGGGAGCUGGGUGCCGCCCUCUACAUCGGCUGGGGUACGGCCGCACUCCUGAUCCUGGGAGGGGCCCUCCUCUGCAGCUCUUGCCCACCCAAGGACAGCCCGGAGUACCCUGUCAAGUAUUCUGGCGCCCGAUCCACAACCACCAGUCGAGCCUACGUCUAAUGACUCUGCUGAAAAGGACUUUUAAAUAUUCUCUCCAGCAAAUAUCCCCACGUGUGAGCUUCUCGGAACGCAAGUUGUGUCUUAAGGUUUGUUUUUUUAAUGGCGAGAGCUACUUUGGGAGAAAUUCGUCUUUGUGGAGGCGAGAGGACAUGACGCGAAAGUGCGUAACAGAGAUUUUUUUUUAUCCUGUGUGAAAGCAAAAUAUUUGGAGUUGCUUGAAGUACUGUCGGAAACUAUUUGUACAGCCGUAUAUUCUAUUGUGAAUUUUUUUGUGUAUAAAAACGUUUGACAAGCAUCCUCUUUCAUUAGCAUAGUUUUGUUUACCAAUGAUUACAGAUAUUUAAUAAAGCAUUUACUUCACUGA